UGUUUCACACCAAGUGAAAAGAAAAGAAAAGAAAAAGAGACACCACAACACAAGACUCAUUCUUCCUCAUUCCGAAAAAUGGCGUCUUUGCAGCACCCCACAGCUUCCCUCCAAUCCAAACACAUCCUAAUCCCCCGAAAUACCCUCUCCCAGAAACCCAUCCUCAACCUCUCCCUCCAUGGUACCACCUUCACCCCCCUCAAGCUCAAAUUCGGCGUUACCACCACCACCGCCGCCGCCGCCGCCACCCGCCGCUCCACCGGCGCCACGGGAGCCAGAAUGUCAGCUACCGCAGCCUCCAGCUACGCCGCGGCCCUCGCCGACGUGGCGGCCGCGAACAACACCCUCGACGCGACAACCGCGGACAUCGAGAAAAUCGACGAAAUCUUCUCGGACCCGCAGGUGUCGGACUACUUCGCGGACCCCACCCUGGCCGUGGAGAAGAAGCGCCAGCUGAUAGACGAGAUUGCGGAAUCCUCGGAGUUCCAGCCCCACACGAGAAACUUCCUCUACAUCCUCGUGGACGCGCAGAGGAUAGACCUCAUCAACGAGAUAGCAAAAGAGUUCGAACUGGUUUACAAUUCCUUGACCGAAACGGAGCUGGCGGUGGUGACGUCGGUGGUGAAGCUGGAGUCGCAGCACCUGGCGCAGAUCGCGAAGCAGGUUCAGAAGCUCACUGGGACGAAGAACGUGAGAAUUAAGACGCUCCUUGACCCUAGUUUGGUGGCGGGUUUCACUGUCAGGUAUUCGGGGUCUAAGUUGAUUGACAUGAGCGUCAGGAAGCAGCUUGAGGAUAUUGCUGCUCAGCUUGAGCUGGGUGAUAUCUCACUCGCCGUAUGACAUUUCCCUCCCUUCCGUUGCGUUGCUGCCUUCCUUCUGUUUGUUUUUCGUUUCGAUUUCGUUUACUAUUAUUUUUGGGGCCAAGUAUAACGUGUAUUAAAUACUAUGAAUGAAUGAAUUCCAAAACUUAAUUUACAUUUUUUAUUUAUUUGA